AAAUAGAAAAUGAAAUGAAUUGCAAGGGCGAUGUAACUCAUCAAAUGAUGGAGUAUGCGUACAUCAGUGCAUACAAUCUUGUCUGCAGAAUCUUUGCAAGUCUCAGUAAGUACAGCCAGAAUAACUACUUGAAAACAGCAGAACAGAGCCUAAGAGAAAAAAAACAGAUGCAUCUUGACCGGAUAAAAAUGAAUGAAGAGCUCAUAUCAGACAUUACCAACGGCUGGGUAGAACCUGAGAUCCGACAGCUAUUUAAAGACAACAUCAACGAGAAAGUGCAGCUCUACGCUAUGCGCAUGCCAAAAGUAAAAGUUGAAAGAAGUAGCACAGAAAAAGACCAGGAAGAAAGCAUCCUGCUGCCAGCUAGAAAAACCUCCAAAAAGGUAAACUUUGUCUUGUUAAUGGUGCUGAUCACGAUUAUAUUUAUGCUAAUAUACAGUAGCAUCUUUAUUCUUAAAUCAAGACACUUCAGAAAAGCAUAA